GACCACAUACGUACCCUCUACUCACCACCACGCAAAUCUCAACCUACCGCAAUAAACCAAUACAACCCACCAUGUCCCGCGAACAAUACCAAGUCCCCAACCUGGGCGGCGGCGCCCAGAACGCCUUCGGUGAUGCUGCCGGUGGUGGCCCCAUGGACGGCCCUGUCGUCGCGUACCUGUGCGGCGAGUGCAACUCGCGCGUUUCGCUGAAGAGGGGAGACCAGAUUCGGUGCAAGGAGUGCGGUCAUCGGGUUUUGUAUAAGGAGAGGACGAAGAGAAUGGUUCAGUUCGAGGCGCGGUGA